AUGUGUGGAGUGUGUGUGUGUGUGUGUGUGCGUGUGGAUGACAAAAACGCCAAAUCUGAUGAGGAAAUCUCAAACAGUACCGUUGAAAAUACCCCAAAAUACCCGACGAAAUGGCUGAUCACUGAGGAGAUCAGCUACUUCCACUGCUUAGCCAAGUGUAAGAAUAAUGAAAGGCCUUGGACUUUGGCAUGCAUCAUCCACACCAUGGAGUUUCCUUUUGCGAGAGAAGAGGGCGGGCUAAAUUGUUUCGUCAUAUGGAAUGCAUCAGACCUCGAGCCGUUCAAGUAUGAUAAACAUCUCUCUCUACUACAAAAUUCCUUCUUGUUCGCUAUUCAAAACGGCGCCAAAUACAUAAAAUCGAACGCUUACACAUCUCCCGUUGAGUUGGAACGUGUCGGCAUCAUCAUCGACUUCAAAGAAACCUCAAAAUCUUACAUCUUUCAUACCGAAAAACCUAAUUACAACGACGGCGAUGACGUACAUGAUGACGUCAUUGGCACUAUUUCCGCUACCGUUUCUGACGCUGAUGACCUCAGAAAAAAUGAUGGUAAUAGUAAAAAAGAAGAUGACGACGACGAUGAUGAUGAGGAGAAAAAAAUGGAGAUCUUUCCAUCCCUGUAUGCGCAAAGUUAUACACCAUGCAGCAAGGUGAAACUGUGUGAGAAUUACAACCAGUCACCAUCGUUAUUCAUCUCAAACACCAAACAAGCCCGCUGUUCGUGCUUACUGGAUAAAUUUAACUCUAUAUCCACAGAAAGUGUACCAGUUGAUGAGGAUAGCAUUUUAACUUUCAGUUAUAACGCCUUUGUGUAUUUGCCGCUAGAGUACCUCGUUAAGACAGACGCUCGUUUCAACUGUUUGUUUCAGUAUUUUAUUAGAAUCUCUGGAAGCUUUUUCGAGGUUUACAAAGAAAUAAUUGAAGAUGAUAAUGGUGACGAUGAUAAUAAUAAUAGUAAUAAUAAUAAUGAUAAUAAAGAGAAGAAGAUGAUUAGUGAGUGCCAAAGAGAAAAAAACAACUUCAGAGAAUGUUUGAGAGUUGAAUCGAACUAUACGCGAUGCUUCAUCAGAGCUCUGCAGAAAUUUAUAGAUAAAGAUGAGAUGGAAAGUUUUAAAAUCUGGCUGAAGAUGCUUAAAAGUGUCGGCUUUCCUGAACUGAAAUUCGGCAAAAACAGCAGAUUUCAAAACAAGAUUUGCUCCUACAUAACGUUGAAUACGUUGAGUGAAGUUAGAAGCCACUCAGACUCUACAUCAGAUUCUACAGCAGUUGUUAAGACGAAAUCAAAAAAUUCUGAAAUUAAUCAGAGAGUGUAUAAAGAAAUGUGUCUGCAUGACGAUACAAGAGCUAUGAUAAAUUUCAAAAACACGUUGAAUCGAAAGAGAAAUAUCGUGCUAAUAAUCGUUUUUAACAAUCCAUUUUACGAGGUUAUACCGAUUUUAGAAUUAAUCUACCGACCGCUGUACCCGAAAAUUUUUUAUUGCGGACCGAAACGAAUCGAUCUUAAAAAGUACCGAAAACUACUCGAAUACAACCUUUCCUUUCUAACGUUCGAUAUACAACCAGAAAAAGAAGUGAAAGGUGCCUUAAACUACCAUUGCACUUUGAAAGUAAUGAAAUUGCAACAUAGGUCCAUUGAAGGCUACCUGACGAUAUCAGACGACAUGUUGUUACUGCAGCAUCAAAUAGUCAAUCUGAAUCCGGAUUACAUCUGGUUCUUGCCGGAGAAAGAAAUCAGGAUUGGGGAUUUGGAAAAUUUGAAAGAGUGCAGAUUAGGGAUCUGCGAUUUCUUCAACCGUUGGACUUGGUGGGAAAUCUACCAGAAAGAAGGAUUGGAUGUUCUCAAAUCGUUACCGAAAGAAAAAUCGGAAACACUGCGAGCCUGUGCCAAGUACAUUCGAUUUGAAAGUGACGGUGAGAAUCGACUGUUAGGCGGAUACUCCGAUAUUUAUUACGUUCCUAGAUUUCUUGCAAAUUCAUUUGUCGAAAUCGGCGAUUACUUCCUAAAGAAAAGAUUAUUCCUCGAGAUUGCUAUUCCUAACGCGUUGAGAUGCUUGAACAGUUUUGAGAACAUGGUGCCGUUAAAAGGUCUGCAAAUUUGGGAUGUAGAGACUCACGGAAAGCCAUGGCUACACAUCACAAAAUCAAAAUUAUUCGAUCUGAUGUAUUUUCACCCUUUAAAGUGGAGUUAUUAUUACAACAGUAGCUCGUAUAACCACACUGGCAACGCUAAAAACAAUCAAAAUACUGAAAAAAUUCUUGAAAAUAAUUUCUCAAAAGUGUCACAAAAUUCAGGAGAAAAUAUUGAUGAUGUGAAAAAGGAACUUGAAAAAGUACUGUGCGAUAAAGUGCUGAAGUACUUGCAUCAUUCCGCCGGUCUUCUGCCCGAGUAA